AUGGCUUUUACAUCCACCACAGAAAUCAUCGAGCUUCAGGCCGAUGUCAAGCUACAUGUCAUAUGGUCCUUUCCUAGGCCUGAGAAAGCUACACCCUCAGCCACUGUCAUAUUCCUCCACUUCUGGGGGGGUUCGUCAGCAACUUGGUCGCCUGUAAAUUCCCUGAUUGCAGAGACCUUCCCAACCGUCCGCAUCGAUUUCCGUGGAUGGGGCAAUUCGACCGGUCCCGAAGAUGAGACGGCAUACUCAACUAUCCAACUCGCGGAAGAUGUUGAAGGUGUCUUACAACACUUGAAUCUGCCGAGAUACAUCCUUGUCGGUCAUUCCAUGGGCGCCAAAAUAGCCCAGGCAGUCGCCGGCCGAAAGGUCCAUGAUGGGCUCGCUGGCCUAAUUCUCGUCUGCCCUGCACCUCCCACGCCUUUAGUGCUUCCUGACGAGAUGCGCGACCAGCAGAUCAACGCCUAUAAUAAUGCAGAGAACGCGGAGUUUGUCACGCGCAAUGUUCUCACUUCGAAGACUUUGUCCGACGAACUAGUACAAAGCGCGGUGAAGACCAUGCUCAAGGGCAACAAAUAUGCCAAAGCUGCGUGGCCGCGCUACGCGAUGAGAGACGAUAUUGUGUCGCUUGCGGAGGGCAUCGAAGUACCUACGCUCGUCAUUGCCGGGGAAAAAGAUGCUAUCGAAUCAGUUUCACGGGUGAAGGCGGAGGUUGUUGCGAAUAUUUCUGACGCAAAAUCGGUCGUCGUGGAAGAAGUUGGUCAUUUAGCUCUACUAGAGGCACCAGAGAGAAUCGCUGUGAUCCUAAAUGGUUUCAUGUCGGAUAUUAUCUAA